UAUAUAAUAGAUUAUAACCCAUUUGAGUUCUUCAAAUAAUUGGUUCUGAAGGCUAUUUUUUUCCUUCAUGGAAAUGGAACCAUCUUCAAUUUUCUUCAUGAAGAGUGAUGUUUCUAUUCCAGGACCCAACCAGUCUCCAAGAAACCAUACAAAAUAUAAGGAGAUCAUUGCAACCCUUCCUCGCAAAGAAAAUGUCCUUGGAGCACAGCGCGAUUCAUACAUCCAUGAAUACCAAGGUUUUUGGUGCACUCCAACUUUGCUAGAAGGCAUCAUGUCAGUGCAGGAACACUUCACAGCUCAACCUACUGAUAUUAUCAUUUGCACCCAUCCAAAAAGCGGCACUACUUGGCUUAAAGCCCUGUGUUUUGCCAUUCUGACAAGGGCACGAUUCAACGAUUCCUCCACAAAUCCAUUAUUUACUAAGUCGCCACAUGAUAUUGUGCCUUGGCUUGAAAUGUUUUAUUGUUUCGGCGGUACUAGAGACCCUGAACUUCCACUUUGGGCCACACACAUUCCCUACACUUCCUUGCCCGAGUCCAUUGCAGAGUCCAAGUGUCAAAUUAUUUACCUCUGCAGGGAUCCCAAGGAUUUGUUUAUUUCAUAUUGGCACUUUAUUGGCAAGUUACGUGGGGAGGCCAUUCCACUGGAGUUGGCAUAUCAGAAAUUUUGCGAAGGAAUAAAUCUUUACGGACCUUGUUGGGAACAUGCUUUAGGGUACUGGAAAGCAAGCCUUGAAUUUCCAGAGAGAAUGCUAUUUAUCAAAUAUGAAGAUCUAAUGAAUGACACCUUCCUCUAUGUCAAGAGAAUAGCUGAAUUCAUGGGUUGCCCUUUCUCCGCAGAAGAAGAGAGGCAAGGAUUUGUGAAGAAAGUUGUCGACAUGUGCAGCUUUGAGACUCUCCGCAAUUUAGAGGUGAAUAAGGGUAAAGUGUUGAACUCUGGAACAGGACCUUUCAAAGUUGAAAACAAUGCAUUUUUUAGGAAAGGUAAAGUUGGUGACUGGAAGAAAUAUUUGACAGCUGAAAUGGGAGCUCAACUUGACCAAAUAACUGAGCAGAAGUUGAUUGGUUCUGGAUUAUCUUCUCGAGCCCCAUAAAACAUCUUUAUGUGUCUUAAUUCUUGUUCUUAGUUCGAAGGCUUGCACUAUCUUAGUUCUUCAAUAAAGAUUUGAAUGUUGAUCACUCUUCUGUGAUCAACCUAAGCAUGUUUUUAAUUAGUGAUCUUAAUCAAGGCUUGUACUUUGUCUUCUUUUGUAAUAAAAAUUUCUCUGUUGAUCACUCCUGUGAUCAAAU